AUGGCACCUAAGGGGGUGAGCAAUCGCACGCUUUUAGCAAAAAAGAAAGGCAUAAAAAUGGGUAGCUAUGUCAGGGUGUCGUACAGAGAGGACGGCAAAGGCUCCCAACUACAUUUCGAGGGGGUGAUGGCGGACCGCCGCAUCGGCGGGACGGACCGUGAGUCGUAUAUCGAGCUCAAGAACGCCUUAGCUGUCGGGAAGGAGAAUGAGAUAGUCGCAUUUGAAGGCAUCAAGCGAUUGUAUGAUGCCUUCAUUGAUGACAUGGAUCCAGCCGAGAGGAGGCAACAAGGCGAGAUCGAUGUGGCGCAAAAUCGCAUGAAAGCUGGAGGUACGUCAGCUUUACAAGCUGGAGGCGUGGCGUGUCAAGGAGGCGGUGGAAGCAUGGGUGCUGCAGCCGUCGGUGGAAACACAGCUUGCGGGAGUGGUCUUAACGGCUGCGGCUGCGCAUACGGCUGCAAUCCUUGCAGCGGCUGCGGCAGCUGUUGUGGUGCAGGUUGUGGUUGCACUGGCUGUGGGUGUGGCUGCGGAGCUUGCCCAGGCUGCUGUGGCUGUGGUUGUGGAGGCUGCGGUUGUGGUUGUGGCUGUGGCUGUGGUUGCGGCUGUGGUUGUGGCAUGCCCAACCAGAUGAUGGUUGGAAUGAACCCGAUGAUGGGCAUGAUGGGCGGCAUGAACCCAAUGAUGGGUAUGGCGAACCCCAUGAUGGGCAUGAUGAACCCAAUGGGCAUGGCUAUGGGUGCCAUGGGUAUGGCGGCGAUGAUGGCUGCAAGCAAAGGUGGGGACAAAGGUUCCGACGAGGAAGAUAGCGAUGAGGCGGCUGGCAAAGAAGGCAAACCCACGAUCCCGGAGCAGCUUGAGCGUUUGCUGCUCCCUGGUCUCAAGGGAGAGAUUGAGUCUCAGGACAUCUCGAAGGAGCUGGAAAACAUCGAUGAAGGGUCCUACGUCAGCGUGCAGUACACACACCCGCAGCUUGGGAAGCUCACCUACGAGGGCACCCUGCAAGAGAAGUUUAUCGGUGCCUCCACCAGCCAGUCGUAUAUUCAGCUGACUCAGUGUCGGUGUUUCAAGUCUGGGCGACUCCAAGGACAGGAGGUCAGCAGAAGGGCUGUGGCAGAAUCUGGGCAUGGUGCCUGCUGA